AUGGACUCGAGCAGCUCGGCUCCACAAUUGCUUCAUGCCUCAACAACAGUGACCAAAGCUGCGAAUUUCUUCUCCUGCAACAGCUCCAGCAACAGCUCCAACAACAGCUCCAGCAACAGCUCCAGCAACAGCUCUUCCAACAACUCCAGCAACAGCUCCAGCAACAGCUCCAGCAACAGCUCCAGCAACAGCUCCUGCAACAGCUCUUCCAACAACUCCAGCAACAACUCCUGCAACAAUUCCUGCAACAACUCCUGCAAUGACUUUGGCAACAACAUCUGCGCCGUCUUCAGUAACAGAGGCUGUGUCUUUGUCCACCACCACGCCUGAAGCUCCGUCCACCUCAUCUUCCAUCGCCUCUCUUGAUACUGCAACGCAGACUCCUGUCUUCAACCAAACCUCUGAAACCACCAACAGCACUGAGCUUUCCUCGAUGUCUCAGCCUGUCUCUGCGACAAGAACCCACAUCUUCACGUCAGAGU